AUGAAUGAAUUUAACGAUUUCAAAUAAUUGCGUUAAAAUUACUCAAAUGCUUUGGAGAAAAAUAUUCAAAAACUUUAAGGCAGACUAAAGGCUUUAAAUAAUAACAUAAUAAAUUCUACAUCAGCAUAAAAAAUAACAAUGACAAAGAAUCCUACGGAAGUAAAAUCAUUAAGAUCAUCAUGUUUAUUUACAGAUAAUAAUUUGGCAUCACCAACAGACAGAUUCGAUAAUAGUCAAGUUUUUGCUAAUUUUAAUAGAUACAGUAGUCUUGAUGUUCCUUAAGCAAAUCAAGGAGCUUAAUAAAGCAAAGAAUCACCAGAUGUUUUUGAAAAUAUUUUUUUGAAAUAAUCAUACAUUCCUUAUGAAUAGAAAUAAAUAAAAUAGGCAAAUAAAGCAAAGUAAAAAAAUACAUAAAGUAACACAUUAAAGAUAACAAAAAAAGUAGAAAAAAAUCAUUUUAGUAGUUAAAUGAAUAGUUAAUCUUUGUAAAAUAUUAAGAAGAAAGAUGAUAUUUCUUAAGAUAAGACUUUAAAAAAGAAUCCAGAGAAAAAGAAAAUUCUUAUACCUCCUCCUGUUUAACAAAAAACAAAAAAUACAUCUCGAUCACCAUAGAAGUCGAGAAUAAAAUAGAAUAAACAAUAAACACCAUAAUAAAAUCUACAAAAACCAUUAUUAAAUGAAAUAUUGAAAAAAUUUGUUUCAUCAAAAACUAGUUUAAGUAGAACUGUGUCAAAAUCUAAAUCAAAGUCUAAAUCAAAGUCUAAAUCCAAAUCUAAAUCUCCUGAAAAAGAAUCUACUUCUUUUAAAAAGAAACCUAAAUCGAGAUCAAGAGAGUAAGCAAUUCAUUAGUAUAAUGAAUAAAUUACUUCUUAAUUUAGUCCAAUAUAAGAUAAAUUUCAAAUGAGAAAUAUAGAUUAUUCUCCAAAUUUGUUACGAUAAGUGAGAACAUUAAGUAAAAAGAAAGGAAAAAGUAAAUCUAAACAAUAAUUUCAAUAAUAAUAAAUAACAAAUCCAAGUCCAGGUAAAGUAUCUGAGAUUCAUACUUUGAGAUUGAAGAAUUUAUUAAGAGAAAAAUCAAGUAAAUAAGAAAAAAAAGUGAGAACUUAAAUAAGAACAACUGAAUCCCCAAUAUAAAUAAGAGAUUAUAAGAUUGAAGUAUUAAAUUUAAUAUAUUAAAAGGUUCCUUAAAUAAAAAGUCUCGAAGAUUAACCAAAAGAUGAUUCAAAACCAAGUUCUGUAAGACUUAAUACAUUAUCAAUUUAAAGAUCUGAUGAAAAGGAUAAUAGUGUAUUGAUGAAUAUUUUUCAUGAAUUAAAGAAUUUAUCUGAAGAUCAGAUAUAAUAAUUUUAGCAAAUAUUAAAAUAGAUUAGAGUUGAAAGAAAAGAUGAAGAAUUGCAGACAUCCAUUCCAGAUUUGAAUUAAGUUGUAGAGAAUUAAAAAGUACAAAACCAUUCAAAUUAAAAGAAUAAUGUAAUAGAAACUCAUUUAAAAAUGGCAUUAGAAGAAUUUCCAAAGAAAUCGCAUGCUUCAUCACCUAUGUCUAAUAGCAGUUUUAUUUUUAAAAAGGAGUUUUUGACAAAUUCUUAAAUUGAGGAGAUUUGUUAACAAAGAGAAAAAGUAAAUAAUAAAAAUAAUAAAUAAUUAGAGUAUAAAAUUGAGAGUUAAUAGCUAAAUGUAGGCAUUUUAAACAUUAUUACAAUAAUAGAAAAUUUCUCCAAGAUCAUUUCAUCAUAAUAAACAAUUAGUUUAAUCGUGGUUUUCAAAGUAAGCAGAUUAGUUAUAGAAAUUUAAAUGUGAAUUAUAGAAGGUUUAAAAAUAAUCAAAUACUUUAUUAAAAAAGACUGAGUAAGAUGUAAUAAUAGUUAAAGAUUUAAAGAAGGAUUAAAUGUUAGUGUUAUCUUAGUUAUGUAUGUAUUAACACUUUAAUAGUUAGAAUAAAUUUCAUUUGAUUAAUCUGAAAUAAAAGAUGAAAGUUUCUUAGAUUAAUCUGAUCUUUAAUUUAGUAUUCCAAAUUCUCCAAAAAUAGUAACACCAAAUACAAAAUUUUAGAAUUAGAUAAAUGAUAGAAAUGAAAUGAAGAUUGUUUAAUAACAAUCAAUGUCAUCAUAAUAGAAGUAGAAUUAAUUUUCAAAACCAUUUUAGUAAGAUCCAAAAAGAAAGGAUUUUGAAAUAUCAACAUUUAAUGAAGAACUAUUUUUAGGGAAUUAAAUAGCAAGACCAUUAUAAGUAUCUCCUAAUAAUGAAUCUAAAUAAAUAAUAACAGAUUACCGUGAACCAUAAGUAGUAAUUCAUGGUUUAAAUUAUGCAUUGAAAGUAGAAGAAGAGACAGAAUAGAUAAUGGAGUAGUUAAUAGAUGAAGCAUCUAAAAGUUUAAAUAAAAUAGAAUUAAUAUAAUAAUAUGCAUAAUAAACUAAUGCUGGAAUUUUAACAAAUUUAGGUGUAAUAAAUAAUUUUAUAAAUUUAAUGUGUUUUGCAAUAUUAGGUAUGUAUAUUAAUAUAAGAGAAAUAGAAAGUAAUUAGGAGGAGUUUCUAAAGAGAAUGAACACUCCGUAUGGUAGAAAGCCAAUAAACAGAUUGAGAUAAUUACAUAAUUAGGAUGAUUUCGAAGAUCAUCAAGAAAUUUAACCACUUUACUAAAUAAGUUAUAAAAGAAAUCUAUCAUAGAACAAAUUAUGGAAACAUAAAAUUAAUAUGAAAAAAUUCACAACUAGGCUAUAUUUGAUGCUUUCAAUGAAGCUCUAAAUACUCUGAGACCCUUUUAUUAAGAUGAUGGAAUUCCUUAUCCAUGGUGUAUUGAGACCAAUAUAUCAUAAAGAUUAUAUUAUGGAUUAGAAGAUAUCCCAAAUAUACUAGAUAGGGCAAGACAUAAAGUUUUUGAGUGGUCAAAGACAUUAUGCGGUAUUAAAUUAUUAUUUAAAAUUAGGAUUAUUAUCUGAUGAGAUACCUGUCAUAUCUGUGAGACAAUUGAAUUAUGAGCAAUUAUUAAUAAUGUAGGAGUGUUAAGGAAAUGAUUCUUUGGCUUUUAUAAAUGAAGAGAGGAUAUAGAAUUGCCUUUCGAUUGAAGUAUAUUAUAUUAAAUAAUAUAAUUUAGUUAUAAGAGGGAGAGAGGAAAUGGUUUAAGAUUACUCAGGAAUAAACAGAAGUUUUAAUGGAGAUUGCAGAUUAUUUAUUUGAGGAAUUGACAGAGGAUAUGGUUGUUGAGGUUUUUAUGAAAUGA